AAUUCCUGUUCCUCAAACGGGUUCAAAUCGAUGCCCAGACGGCCUCCUCUCAACCCUUUCAAAAUGAUACCAAAGAGGAAACAAUCCAAACAAUCCAAUGCAUUGCAGGCUGUGAUUAACGCCGUGAAGAACCUCCGUUCCAACGCCGUUAAAUCCGCACCAUCGGGGAUCUUACCAAGGACCCUCUCUCGGAGGUUAACAUCCAAGAACAAAGCAGAAAACCAAGCAAGCAUCACUGUUGUUCGGGUUAAAGACAUCGUGCGGUGGAGCUCGUCUAAGGACCUGCAUGAGGACAUAUCACAUUUCGAACUGUCUCCACCUCAUCAGUACACAGCCAAGACAGCGAGAACAGCCACGGGAUCCUCCACCACCAGCGGCACAUCCUGCAGCAGUUGGUGUGACUCGGAUUUUACAUCGGAGUUUUUACCAUCAUCAUGGGGAAGUAAUGUUGAGGAGUGCGGUGAAAAAGAGAGUGUUAAAAACAACUUACACUGCGUCGGCGAAGAUUCUUGCACAGCAGUAAUAGUCGCCGACACUGAAGUGGGACCUGAGGUAAGAAUACUAUAUUUAGAGAAAUGGAAACUCGUACUUAUAACAUUAAUUAAUCACAUAGUUUAACUACUACAUGCAUAAU